AUGAAAAAAAAGAAGAUAGUUAAAAGGGGGCGCGGUUGGGAGUUUGUUAAGGCUCGAAAAUAUUGUGGCUCGAAGGCGCUAGACUCCGCCUUCACAAGAGCCAAGAAUAGUAAUUGCAGAAGUACGCACAGGUCGCAGCACGGGUCGUCAUUGUGGCCGCCGUUUUUGUUGUGGUCUGUUGUCGUCGUACCGUCGUCGGUCGUCGCCCUAUCGCCUUGCUCGUCCUUAAUGGUCACACGAUCGGUCGCCGUUAACGUGCCGGUUGUUCACGUCCUCCUUACGGUUGCUGUGCAGGAUAAUCAUCGCAUCGCGCCGUUGAACGCACUCCGAGACGCGUUGUCAUGCGCGGCUGCAGCUUACUGA